GUUCAUCUUGAUGAGGCGGUGACGUCUUCUUGGAAGAACGCCAUUACAACCAAAGCGGCGAGCGGACGAAGUGGCAACGCAUAGAACGGGGGAUCGCCCCCUCGAGCGGCCGGCCGAGCUCACAAAGGGGCCCUCCCGAUCCACCCCUCCUCCCGCAGAGAAAAGGACGAUGGCUUCUCGAAAUUCUCCAAACCUGUCGAGAUACGUGCCCGAGAUAACGCGCCAGUGAGCAACAGGUCCCGGACUGGAAGCCGCCGGUGGUAAACAAGCGGGUUCGUAAAUCACCGCAGCCCGAGGGCAGGCAGCAGCCAUCCUCCCAGCCAGGCCGAGCCGGGGCAGCCCAAGAAGCGCGCGCAGCAUCGCUUUCAAUUUAUCCCCCCAUCCGGCGACGCGUGCUCACUGUCCUUGAGAGCACGUCAAAGCCCUCGGGGCGCCCGCAGACACCCUCGCCGAAUCCUCCGUCCCCCGAGUAAACGACGGGGCCCGUCGUCAAUAAUCGUCGGACCCCUCGAAGGACCAGUUGAUCGGGCACGCCACCGCUGCCGCCGCUGUUGCUGCUACGGCCGCCGUUCGGGGAGAAGGACGGUGUUGUAACGAAGAAAAGCCUCCUACCUCGGCCAAACGGAAUACUACCCAACCCACCCAGACCGAACAGCGCCUUGGAUACUCGACACGACGAUCGGCGGCGAACGGGCUCGCGGAAUGCGGUAGACACUCGAGGCCUGCCCGCUCGUCUGGCCUGCCGCGACGUGAGCUUUCUCCUCACCGGAAGCGUGUAUCGGCGACUUUUGACCGUUUAGAGAGCGAUGCAGACACCGUGGACGGCUCAAUCCCAUCGGAACGACUUAUCGGCGGUGGUCGGCCGCGGCGGCGAUGAGGCUGUCCUCCCCGAUAACAGCAGAACGACCUGAGCGCGACGUGAUUGUGCCUCUCGUGCUGCGGCCCGCGUUGGCCGGAGUCGAACCAUGCUGGCCGCUACGCGCCUGGCGUUCCUGGCCGCCUUCGGGGUGGUCUUGGGCGGUCGUACUGCUCGGGCCCUGGACCUCAAGGGGCUCGGAUUCGACCCGGCCAAGUCUCUGAACAUGGCGGCCGCCAUGCUGCCUGUGGUGUGCAACGCCAAUGAGCAACAGAAGACCGACAUGGAGUGCGCCGGAUGCAUCUAUUCCAUCAGCGAGUUCCUCAGGGCUCUGGCCAGGGCCGAGGAGUGGGCCAUCACGAUGACGGACGCCCUAGUGAAGCCGCCGGCGGGCAUCCUGGGCGGCACGUUCAGCUUCCUUUCGUCAUUCGACGACUGCCUCGGAGUGCCUCCGGCCAACACGACGGACGCCUUCCUCAAGCGGGCUUUCAACAUCUCGACCCUGGCCCCGAGCUACUGCUCCUUCAAGAUCAGCGUGGGCCUCCCGGACAACGACACCGAGCUGCACCACGAGCCGCCUCAGGGAGGGCUCAUGGCCAUGCUCGAGAAACAGAAGGGUGAGCUGAAAGACGUCGCCGAGCUUCUGGAGGAGUUCCCUGGAUUCCUGGGCCUCUGCCUCCCGUCGGCGUGCACGGUGAAAUCCCUCAAGGCCGUCGGCAAAGGAGCGCUCUUCUUGCUGCGCACGCUGGGGGCCAAGCCUCCCAACGUAAAACUGGGCAUUGAAGUGGUGGACUGCGUCACCAAGGACAGCCUCAAGAGCCACGAGCAGUCCGCCACGGUACUGGCCGCACUCAUCGUCGUGGGCGUCCUGGUGGUGCUGGUGCUGCUAGGGACCCUCGCAGACACCGCCUUCCUCCUGCUAGUCGACAGAGAACUUUCCAGUCGGGAUCUCCCCAAGCUCCAGUCAUUUGACAUCAUGUCUCAGAACUCGUACGUGGAGACGCUGCGAUGCUUCUCGGCGUACCGGAACUUCCGCCUGCUCAUGAGUGGCCGCCACCCGAGCAAGACGCUCCGGCCCCUGGUGGGCAUCUCGAGCAUGAGCUUUCUCUGGGUCGUAAUCGGCAACACCCUGGUGCUCAGGCCAUACAACCUCUCCGCUAAUCUCAAGUCCUUGAGAGAGUAUCUGAACGACCCCAUGAUCCAGUUCGCUCUCAACAGCUCCUUGGCUGUGGACGCCAUUGCUACUGCCCUAGGCAUCACAAUCACCUAUAACAUUGUCCAGCUGGUGAAACGCUGCGAUGGCUUUGAGAAAUGCAGGGCACUGACGUACAUCAAGUGUACGCUCAAUGCUAUGAAAUACUUCUUCGCUGGGCUGCUGCCCAUGUACAUGAUCCUUCUGCUGGUAAUCAAUGCCAAAUUCCCAAGCGCGGGUACGGGCCCCACGUGGACCAUCGAGAGUCAGAGGUACCUGUCACAGUGCGAAGGCGGCUGGAUGUGGAACGUGCUUUUCAUCAACAACUUCUUCCCUACCAAAACGCAGUGCAUGCCACACACAUGGUUCCUGGCAUUCGUGUUUCAAGCCCUGCUCUUCUGCAUUGCGAUGGGUUUCCUUCUCGUUCGGCUUCCCAAGUUCGCCCUGGCGGGACUGGGCGUCGUCAUAGCCGCCUGUUCCUUGACCACAUUCCUCAUCAACAAUGCCAACGACCUGGGGCCCACUGCGCUGCUCCGACAGUACAGGCCGGGGUCUCGGCAAGCCUACCACGACUCCAUCGCUGUUAACUUCUACACGAGAGGUGGCCCAUUCUGCAUCGGUAUGAUCGUCGGUUACGUCCUUGCACUCAGGCCCAAGAUGCGACUCAAUAGGUGGGUGGCCUUCUCCGGCUGGCUCAUUGCCCUGGGGGCCAUUUUGGCCAUCACGCACACGCCUUGGUUCUGGAACAAGGAAGGGCGACAGAUGAGUCCUGGGGCCGGCAAGUACGCCGCCUACGACGCCUUCCACAGGGUCCUGUUCUCGGCCGGCGUCUCUUACAUGGCCGUCGCCUGUGCAUGGGGCAGUGGGGGUGUGAUCAAUGCCUUUCUGAGCUGGUCUGGCUGGCUACCCAUCAGCAAGCUCUGCUUUGCAGUCUACAUCCUGAACCCGUUCCUCAUCUUCUACUUCAAUGGCACCACAAGGGGCACCAUUUUCUACACAGUGAAGCUAGCGGCGGAGGAGAUCUUGUGGAACCUCCUGACCAGCCUGAUGGCAGCAGUGCCCAUACACCUGCUCUUCGAGUCACCCUUUCUCCGACUUGCUGAGCAGCUCACGGACAGGGACGAACAAGACGGUGAUACGGACUCCGACUCAAUGGGUAUGGUCCUUCAGGAGAAGGUGCCGCCCUCCAAGUACAGAUAAAGCCGCGGUGCACGGUAGUCCCUCAAGUGCAGCGCGCGCUCAAGUCUUUGAACGUCUCGACAUUUCAGUGGAGACAAAGGUUGACCAGCUAGUCCAUCUCGUUGUGACUUUUUGAACUGUGGAGAUGCGGGGACUGAAGUUGCCGAAGCCAAUAAAUAUGCAAAAUAGUAGGACUAUGAAAAUUGAUGGCAAACUGUGUCGGGAAGGUGCGCUUUGCAUAACCAGCCUGUUCAUUCUUCUGUGGAGCAAGCUCAAAUACUCGAGGCAAUGUGAAUAAAUUUUUUCAUGUUUUUA